UCGAAUUUCCAGGCUUAGAACGUGCAAAAUGAUGUCCUUACCGGAUACAGACAGUGAGGAUGAGCUGCCCCCCGGCUGGGAAGAGCGCGCCACAGACGACGGCACCGUCUGCUAUGUGAACCAGCAAAACAAAACCUCUCAGUGGACACAUCCAAGAACUGGCCGGUCCAAACGCAUUACUGGGGAACUGCCGAUUGGCUGGGAAAAGUACUAUGACGAGCAGCUCAAGAAAUUUAUAUUCCUGAACAAAGAAACCCAGCAGCGUAGCAAUGUGGAUCCCCGACUAGCCUUCGCUGUGGAAGAGCCCACUCAGAAUGUGGCUCAGGUCCGGCAGAGAUUUGAUUCCUGCAGCACAGCACUACAGGUGCUCCAUGGCAAGGAUCUGCAUGGACGAAUUGCUCUGAUAACCGGAGCGAAUUGCGGCAUUGGCUUUGAGACUGCUCGCUCUCUGACUCAACAUGGCUGUGAGAUCAUAUUCGCCUGUCGUAGUCGGGCCAGCGCAGAAGCUGCCAUUGACCGGAUUGCCCAGGAGCGACCCUCGGCUCGGGCCCGCUGCCGUUUUGUGGCCCUCGAUUUGAGUUCGUUGCGUGCUGUCCAGCAGUUUGUGCGGGAGAUCAAGGAGAGUGUGAACCACAUUGAUUACCUCUUCUUAAACGCGGGCGUUUUCGCCUUACCCUAUUCGACGACCGUGGAUGGUCUGGAGACCACAUUCCAAGUAUCGCAUCUGUCCCAUUUCUACUUGACUAUGCAACUGGAGACGUUGUUUGAUUACAAGACGAGGAUUGUGGUUCUGUCAUCUGAGUCGCACAGGUUCGCCAAUCUGCCUGUGGACAACCUGGCCAUUCAUCAUGUAUCCCCACCGGCGGAGAAAUACUGGAGCAUGAUGGCCUACAACAAUGCAAAGCUGUGCAACGUACUUUUCGCCCAGGAGCUGGCUCAACGCUGGAAGCAACGCGGAAUCUCUGUGUUCUCCGUGCAUCCUGGGAAUAUGGUCUCCACGGAAUUGUCGCGUAAUUAUUGGUUCUAUCGAUGGCUGUUUGCCAUCGUCAGACCCUUUACCAAGUCCCUGCAACAAGCUGCUGCCACCAGCAUCUACUGUGCCACAGCCAACGAGCUGACAGGAUUGUCGGGACUAUACUUUAACAACUGCUACUUCUGUGAGCCCAGCAAGCUCUCCAAGAGUGCUGCACUGCAGCAGCAACUGUGGCACCUCAGCGAGCACCUAGUCUCCGAACUGCUGGAGGACCAUUAAAUUACACCAAACAAAUGUUGUGUUCUUUGUAAAAUUUUUAUAUUUAUACUUUAUAUACUAAACCAUAAUAUUAAGCGUC